CUGGGCUGCCCAUUGGUCAGGAAGAGACGUCUGGCGGAUGCUGAGGCAGAGCAGGAGCAGCCAUCUUCUAAAAGGAAGUCCCACCCUCUAAAGCUGGCCAUGGAUGAGGGCUUCAGCGUGGACAGUGAUGGGAGCAGCGAAGAGGAGGUGGAGGGGGAGGCCAGGGAGGAGGAGGUAGAGGGGGAGGCCAGGGAGGAGGAAGAGAAGACAGAGGAACAACCACAGGCACAGCAGGAAGAAAAGCCAGAGGACGAGCAGGAGGAAGAGGAGGAAGAGGAGGAGAACGUGACAGAGCAGAAAGAGGAGAGCAUAGAUUCAGAUGAAGAAGAAUGCAUGAUCAUUGAGCCAGGAUCCAGUAAAACAACAUGUAAAGCUGAGGAGGGGGAAUGGCCUAAGAGAGCGGACUACUCCAGCUACCAUCAGAUCCUAGCCAACUCUCUACUGUACCUGGGCAGGGUCCCCGACACCGCAGAGACCACCUCACAGGCGCACGUUACCAUGGAGACAGAGAAGGAUAUCACAGCUGUGGAGCACGCCACUGUGGCAGUGGAACACCCAGUAGAGGAGGAGGAGGAGGAAGAGGAGGAUGAGGAGGAUGAGGAGGAAGAUGAGAUUGAGGAGACUAGGGAGGCUGUGACACAGAGAACCUUUGAGCACCCGUAUUUCACUGGAGACAUUCACCAGCAGCAGGACAAGGCUGAGGAAGACGAGGAGGAGGAAGAAUAUGAAGAGGAGAGGAGAGAAGCAGAGCGCCAGCCACAGGAGAUCCUGGAUGAAGAGGAGGAGGAAGAUGACAUUGAGGAGGUGGAUGAGAGAGUGCACCCUGUCGUCCUGCCCAGCUCUAACUCCAUUAGCAGCAAUGCAGCAGCUCAGGGACCAGCCACACAAGGGGACAGAACUACAGAGCACUACAUGCCCAAAAGGACCAGCCUCCUAGAAAACUACAACCCCCACAGGACCAGCCCAGGGGAGAACUACAAUACCCACAGGACCAGCCUCCUGGAGAACUACAACCCCCACAGGACCAUUCCACUGGAGAACUACAAUCCCCACAGAGUCAGCCCCUUACAGCACUACAUCUCCCAUAAGGCCUCAGCAGCCUCUGACAUAAUCGAGGUGCGCUCAGAGGAUUCGGGGAAGGACUAUGAAGAUGAAGAUGGUGAUGAGGAGGAGGAGGAAGAUGAUAGUUUGUCUCAGAGGUGGACGGAUGAGUCAGAAACGUAUGAUAUGACCCGGGGAAAUCUGGGGCUCCUGGAGCAGGCCAUCGCCCUGAAGGCAGAACAGGUGAAGGGGCCUCGCGACCUGCUCCUCCUCCGUCACCCCACUGUCACCCCGGAGCUCCACCGCCGCUACUUCAGCAUGGACGACCGGCCCAAACACCUGAACGCCAUGCGCAACAGCUGCUUCAGCAACAAAGCUGUCUCUACAGAGGGCAGCAGGCCAGAGAAGAGGGAGAUCAAAUGCCCCACCCCUGGCUGUGACGGGACUGGUCAUGUUACUGGACUCUACCCCCACCACCGCAGCCUGUCUGGUUGUCCACACAAGGACAGGAUCCCUCCUGAGAUCCUGGCCAUGCAUGAGAACGUGCUGAAGUGUCCUACUCCAGGCUGCACUGGACAGGGUCAUGUUAACAGCAACCGUAACACCCACCGCAGUUUGUCAGGAUGCCCCAUCGCAGCCGCAGAGAAGCUGUCCAAGAGCCUCAACCUUGACAAGCAGCAUCUCUCCCAGCCAAUCAGAGAGCACCUCAAAGAAAGUCCCAACAACAAUGACCGAGUCCUGAGGCCCAUGUGUUUUGUGAAGCAACUGGAGGUGCCUCAUUAUAGGCAGUACAGGCCCAACAUGAUACCCGCCACACCUCGUGCCAGCCUGGCCAAGGAGCUGGAGAAGUACUCCAAGGUCUCCUUUGAUUAUGCAAGCUUCGACUGUCAGGUGUUUGGAAAGCGUGUGCUUGCAUCAAAUAUACCGACCAGCGAAACCUCACCCAAAGCCUUCAAAUCUAAAGUCUCGUCCCCAAAGUCUUCUUCUCCCAGCCUCAGCCUGCAUGGAGGUUAUGGAAAGACAGCCUCCUCUUCUGCCUACGACUACUCCCAUGAAGCCCAGGCAGCCCACAUGGCCGCUACAGCCAUCCUCAACCUGUCCACGCGCUGCUGGGAGAGGCCUGAGAACCUGAGCACCAAGCACCAGGACCUGGCCAGCAAGGACAUCGGGGUGGAUGAAAAUGGCACUCUGGACCUGAGCAUGAAGAAGCCCGUCAAACGAGAGGGUACCAGCCCAGGGUUGUGUUCCCCGGACCCCUCCUCCUCCUCUUCCUCCCUGCACCACGGAGGCAGCAGUGGCAUGACCUCGCCCCACACAGGCCACGCCUACAAACAGGAACAGUGGGAGGAGCCUCUGGACUACACGAAACCCAACCGCCAACGAGAGGAGGAUGUAGAGGAGCUGGAGCACCACACAGCGCGGUCGUUUGCCUCGUCCGACCCUGAGGACAUGGACCUGAUGCAGGACUACCCCCAGGAGAGGAAGUACCCUGGAGAGGUCACCACCCCAAACUUCAAGGUCCAGUUCCAACAACCCAAGGACUGCAAGAAAGAUCUGCUCCUGUGCCCCACUCCUGGCUGUGACGGCAGUGGCCACAUCACUGGAAACUAUGCAUCCCAUCGCAGUCUGUCUGGCUGUCCUCUUGCUGAUAAGAGUCUUCGUUCCCUCAUGGCGGCCCACUCUGCUGAGCUCAAGUGCCCCACUCCAGGAUGUGAUGGUUCAGGACAUAACACUGGAAACUACGCCUCCCACAGAAGAUGCCCCGUGCCAGGCUGUGACAGCCUGGGUCACAUCAGUGGGAAGUACGCCACUCAUCGCAGUGCCUAUGGGUGCCCGCUGGCUGCCCGCAGGCAGAAGGAGGGGAUGCUCAACGGUAACCCCUUUUCCUGGAAGGCCUUCAAGACAGAGGCCCCCAACUGCCCCACCCCCGGCUGUGAUGGAUCAGGGCACGCCAACGGCAGCUUCCUCACACACCGCAGUCUCUCUGGCUGUCCCAGAGCCUCCUUUGCCAGAAAGAAAGCCAAGAUCCCUGGAGAUGAAUACCUGAGCACCAAGUUCAGGGCCAGCGACGUUCUGAACAAUGACGAGGACGUCAAGCAACUCAACAAGGAGAUCAAUGAGCUCAACGAGACCAACAACGAGAUGGAGACAGACAUGGUGAACCUGCAAACACAGAUCUCAUCCAUGGAGAAGAACCUGAAGAACAUUGAGGUGGAGAACAAGCUGAUUGAGGAGCAGAACGAGACGCUCUUCAUGGAGCUAUCUGGCCUCAGCCACGCCCUGAUCCGCAGCCUGGCCAACAUCCGCAUCCCACACAUGCAGGAGCCAAUCACUGAGCAGAAUUUCGACAGAUACGUGAGCACCCUGACUGACAUGUACACCAACAAGGAGUGCUUCCAGAAUCCGGAGAACAAGGCUCUGCUGGAGAGCAUCAACAAGGCUGUGAAGAGCAUCAAGGUGUGAAAACCUCCACGAGGAAGAAGAGUGAAAACACCUAAAAGGAGAGAGGUGGCGUCAAGAGACUAGAGUAUAUUUAAAGAGAAUACGAAUACAAAAAGGGCAUUCAGGUUUUAUAAAUGGCAACUUAAAUUAAACCCAGGGAGCAUUCUGUAAAGAAGAAAACGUAACUAGGACCAAAAUCCAAACAUGCUGCUGCUGGGAUCGGAAGGAGGAAGUGGAAUGGAACCAAAUCCUUCGGUUUGAAUUGAUGAACAAAAUAUAUAUCUGUUUCUUUGUUUUAUGUUACCUUCAUUGUUUUCAUGUAUGUCCUGUUGUGGAGGUAUCUCUGUUUUGGAGGCAUCUCUGUUUUGGAGGCAUCUCUGUUUUGGAGGCAUCUUUGUUUUGGAGGCAUCUCUGUUUUGGAGGCAUCUCUGUUUUGGAAGCAUCUUUGUUUUGGAGGUAUCUCUGUUUUGGAGGUAUCUCUGUUUUGGAGGCAUCUCUGUUUUGGAGGUAUCUCUGUUUUGGAGGCAUCUCUGUUUUGGAGGUAUCUCUGUUUUGGAGGUAUCUCUGUUUUGGAGGCAUCUCUGUUUUGGAAGCAUCUUUGUUUUGGAGGUAUCUCUGUUUUGGAAGCAUCUUUGUUUUGGAGGUAUCUCUGUUUUGGAAGCAUCUUUGUUUUGGAGGCAUCUCUGUUUUGGAGGCAUCUCUGUUUUGGAGGUAUCUCUGUUUUGGAAGCAUCUUUGUUUUGGAGGCAUCUCUGUUUUGGAGGCAUCUCUGUUUUGGAAGCAUCUCUGUUUUGGAGGUAUCUCUGUUUUGGAGGCAUCUCUGUUUUGGAGGUAUCUCUGUUUUGGAGGCAUCUCUGUUUUGGAGGUAUCUCUGUUUUGGAGGCAUCUCUGUUUUGGAGGCAUCUCUGUUUUGGAGGCAUCUCUGUUUUGGAGGUAUCUCUGUUGUGGAGGCAUCUCUGUUGUGGAGGCAUCUCUGUUGUGGAGGCAUCUCUGUUUUGGAGGCAUCUCUGUUGUGGAGGCAUCUCUGUUGUGGAGGCAUCUCUGUUUUGGAGGUAUCUCUGUUGUGGAGGCAUCUCUGUUGUGGAGGCAUCUCUGUUUUGGAGGCAUCUCUGUUGUGGAGGCAUCUCUGUUUUGGAGGCAUCUCUGUUGUGGAGGCAUCUCUGUUUUGGAGGUAUCUCUGUUUUGGAGGCAUCUCUGUUUCGGAGGCAUCUCUGAUUUGGAGGUAUCUUUUUGAC